AUGACGACGGACAACGGCCUUAACUCGCAAAGGGUCUUCAAGAAAUCAUCUCCAAACAACAAGCUAACAAUGUACUUGGCUUCUCGCGACCUGAUUGUGGAGAAUGGGAGUAUAGACAAGAUCCAGGGGGUGCUGCAUGUGGAUGGAAGCUUGGAGAACAAGAAGCUCUUCGGACAAGUUACACUUACUUUCAGAUAUGGCCGCGAAGACGAAGAGGUGAUGGGUUUGAAAUUUUGCAACGAAGCCAUCAUGAGUUUGGUACAAAUUUGGCCUCUUCACUGCAAACACGAUGUCGAACCUAACAGCCCACUACAGGACGCGCUGAUAAAACGCCUAGGUGCAAAUGUUUUCCCGUUUCACUUAGAAUUAACCCCACUAGCGCCACCUAGUGUGCAGUUGGUACCAGCGAAGCAAUAUCACGGCGCACCAAUCGGUACAUCUUACGACGUUCGCGCAUAUAUUGCGGACCAAGCAGAUGAAAAAAUAUCUCGACGGAACACAGUUCGCAUGGGUAUCCGAGUGUUGCAAGGUGCGGGAAGACCACAGCCCGCGGUGUUACCAACACAGUCCACACAACAUCCUUUGAGUGUUCUUGCGCAUCAUAAUGUUCUAAGGCUAAAAGGCAAAAUAAAAUCGGAAACGGAUCAAAGUAGCCGGCCCAAGACAGACGAAAUUGAGAACCAGGAGCCGACACCACCUCGGGUCGCUGUGGAAAAGCCUUUUUUAUUAUCAGACGGCAGAGUGGAGCUAGAAGCUUGGCUGGAUAAAGCGACGUACGCGCACGGCGAGUCAGUAAACGUCAGUGUCAAUAUAAUCAACCACUCGUCUAAAACCAUCAGACGGAUAAAGGUUCUUAUUAUACAACACGUAGAUGUUUGUAUGUUCUCCAAUGGAAAGUUCAAGAAUGUCGUGGCGCUGCUAAGAGGUUCCGGUACUCCUGUAUUGCCAGAUCAAACACACAACAACACAUAUACAUUGACUCCGCAUAGAGGCGUCACCAAGAACUGGAUAGCUCUCGAGGACUCCUACUCCAAAUCAGGCGCUAGCCUUGCCUCAACUGUUCUGUGCAGCUCAAAGUCUCAAGACGAACGUAACGUGUUUGCCAUCUACGUAUCGUAUUACGUGAAAGUUAAGUUAACACUUAGUGCUAUGGGCGGUGAGGUUUCAGUCAAACUACCCUUUACACUAACACACUCCUGCAUAAACGAAGCACCAACAGACAGCGUCAUAGAAGAAGCGACACACAAAAUGAUUCUAGAAGGAAAAGAAUUGGAUGAAAUAAAAGUGGAAGUGAAAGACAAACAAAAUAAGAACGGUGGACCGAAACCAGAAUUUGAUGAAACUGAAGAGAAAUCGCCGGAAGAUCAUAAAUGUGUCGCAGAUGUUUUAGUUAAUAUAGAGAAUCAAAUUGCAAAACCUAUAGUGACAAUUCCAAAGCAGUUCGCCGCUGCUAAAUGCAGUAACGAGGAGUUUGAUUUAAUAGAGAAAUAUCCCGGUACCGAUACGUGA